AUAAUAUAGUAACUGAUUCGGUACCUUCUCUUUCGGUAUAUGUCGUUGGUGUCGUUAAUCUUUCGGCGUGUCUUUGGUUUAAUAACUUUUGUAUUUCUCUUUCUAUGCUUUUAAAUAAUGUAGUAACUAAUUCGAUACCUUCUCUUUCGAUAUACGUUGCUGGUGUCAUUAAUCUUCUUUCAGCGUGUCUUUGGUUUAAUAAUUUUUGUAUUUCUCUUUCUAUACUUUUAAGUAAUCAUCAUAAUGUAGUAACUAAUUCAGUACUUUCUCUUUCAGUAUAUGACAUUGGUGCCAUUAGUCGAUACUUAACUUUUGGCAUGUCUUUUGUCACUG